AUGCCUUUGUCGGCACAUGUGGCCGCACUCGUCAAGGGCAUCCUCGAGACGAUGGCGGCGGAGCUUGAGACUGAAGGAGGUACGCUCUCGCACAAUACAGCUGACGCAGGCGACCUCGAGGAGCAGGACGUCUUCGCCAGUGUCGUGCGCGAUCUCAGGUCCCUCGCCUCCCUCGCCUCCCCUGCACCCGCAGACCUCGGUGAGACUCUGCGCAUUCGCCUCCGCGCGCUCCUCACGCUUGCGCGCCAGCGUGUUGCGCACACACCCUUUCACCUCGUCUCGGGGUCCACUCUGCGCGGUUACACCGACGCGUCGAUGCUGAUUGCCGUGCUGUUCCUGCACGGAGGAGAUGGGCCGGACUGGAAGCACAUGGUGGACACAUUGGACCGCGCGAUCAUCGUCGCGGGCGCCGUGGGUCCGCGAAGGUUGGAGUGGGCUCACGAGCUCAUCACCGCGCUCCAACCCCCACCAAGAGGUGCGAAGCGGCGGCGCUCAUCAUCCCUCUCCCUGGCCCCUUGCUCCUCGCCCCCUUCCCCUCUGGCUUUCAAGCCCCUCUUCGCCCCCUCCCCCAUCCCAACGCCCGGCAUGCCCCCGCCGCUCUCCGCGGCGCCCUUCAUUCUCCGUGCCCACCUCUCCUCCGGCGAGCACCAUCCCCCGUGGCCCGCCCUCCGCCGCUGGGGUUCCGCAGAAUACCUCCUCUCUAGGACGGGCCGCGGACGCAUAGUCCCCGUCGAGUGCGGGCACGCAUACGACGACAGCGGAUGGACGCAGCGCCUGGUGGGGUGGGAGGGCUUUCUGCAGCGGGUGGGGUGGGAUGUCCCCGCCACAGACGCGCGAGAGCAGGACGCGGACGACGCGCCGCAGUAUCUUGCGCAGACAUCGCUGUUUCGCCAGUUCCCCGCGCUCGAGGCCGACAUGGCGACGCCAGAUUGUGUGUGGGCGGAGACGCCGGAAGAGUACAGCCCCCCGCCGGAAGUGCUCGUAAACGCCUGGAUUGGGCCGGGCGGGCACGAAGUCGUGUCCCCCGCCCACACUGAUCCGUACUACAAUUGCUACGCGCAGGUGCUGGGAUACAAGCGGGUGUGGCUUGCGCCGCCCGAUGCAUCGCAGCAUAUGUACGCAUAUGCUGGCACCGCUACGGACGCAGAGACGGCCUCCCUCGCGGAGGAGUACAUGGGCAACACGUCGCGCGUGCCCCUCCUCCGCCCCGCUCACGACACUGCGUUCACAGAGCUGGAGGCAGCGUAUCCAGUCUUCUUCAAGCACGUAUAUCCCCGCGCAAUGGAGGCGGUGCUCGGACCCGGGGAUCUCCUCGUCCUCCCGCCCAGUUGGUGGCAUGCUAUGCGGGGCGAGGGGAAGGGACCGUGCUGGAGCGUGUCAUUCUGGUUCUAG